AUGGCGCGUCAGGAUGGCAGAGAUGCCGCGGAUCAAAACUUCGAUUAUAUGUUUAAGCUGCUGAUAAUCGGCAAUUCAUCUGUUGGCAAAACUUCCUUCCUCUUUCGCUACGCGGACGAUUCUUUUACUUCAGCUUUUGUGUCAACCGUAGGGAUCGACUUUAAGGUGAAAACUGUCUUCAGACACGACAAAAGGGUCAAGUUACAAAUCUGGGACACGGCGGGUCAGGAAAGAUACAGAACGAUCACGACGGCCUACUACAGAGGCGCGAUGGGUUUUAUCUUAAUGUAUGACAUCACAAACGAGGAGUCGUUUAAUUCAGUCCAGGAUUGGGUUACGCAAAUAAAGAAUUACUCGUGGGACAACGCCCAAGUAAUUCUGGUCGGCAACAAGUGCGAUAUGGAAGAGGAAAGGGUGAUCAGUACCGAAAGGGGAAAACAGUUGGCGGAGCAAUUAGGAGUACGAUUCUUCGAGACCUCGGCCAAAGAGAACAUCAACGUCAAGGCGGUGUUCGAGCAGCUGGUGGACAUAAUAUGCGACAAGAUGAGCGAAUCUCUGGAUAAUGAUCCAACCCUGAUGGGGGCGGGUGGUAUGGGUCAGAACAAGGGCCAACGACUUACUGAUCAGCCGACCAAUCCAGCGAACGCUAACUGUAAUUGCUAAAAAAAAUGCGACGCAGAAGAAGGAGAAAAACCGAGAGAUCGUAUUUUGUGCGUGUGCUGCGCGCAUGUGUGCACGUGUGUGUUACGUGUGUUAGAAAAAGGGAGAAAGAAGGAGAAAGAGAGAGGAAAAGAAAAAAAAGGAGAAGAAAGUGUCGUGUGCGACGCUGGUGUGUUAACUAGUCUACUUACUUCGUCGUUCCCUCUCGUUAUGUUAUUUAUUUUAAAAUUCGCCUUUCGUUCUCACACAUUUUCUUUCACUCUUUCUCGGCGCGAGAUGAUAUAUAUGAAUAAUGUACGCUAUAAAUAUAUACAUAUAUAUAUAUACACAUAAUGAUUGUGAUCAUCGAGGUGGCAACCAAGUUAGUCAACGACCGUCAAAUAAACGGUUGCGGUUCUCCUUUCGGUUAAUCCACUUGAGAGUCAAAGAUAAACUUGAUAUAAUUUCCGAAAAUUCAAAUUUCCAUGUUGCAGA